AUGACCAGCAUUAUUUGUUCCGUGCGGGGCUGUCACAAUAAUUGGAGAAAAAGACGGGCGUCCCUGCAACAAAUGUGUUUUGAGCACGGGAAAACCAGGGCUGAAUGUUGUGGGGCAACAUUUAACCUUUAUCCUCCACCAUCCACUGAUGAGGCCCGGCGUAUGUGGCUGAAGGCGCUAAAUCUGAAGAAGCCUCCGAAAAAACCCUACAUUUGUUCCUUUCAUUUUGUGGAUGGCAGACCAUCAGCCCAACACCCAUACCCCGAGAAGUGGUUGGGAUAUGUUCCUCCGGCGAAAAAGGCUCGUCGGAUGCUUGUGAGGCUCCAAGAAACACCCUCAACCAGCUUUGCAAGCCACGAGACGGAUGCGAUGACUGAUGUCAUGAGUGAUGAGAUGACUGAUGGGAUGUCACACCGUGAUGCUUCUACACAGUGGAUCAUGGAACAUCACAACUAUGCUGCUGACCCACUCCAUUGUCCUCACCUCCAUGACCAGGCAACACAGUGUCCCGAACAACAUCAGGUACACACCGAACUUCUCCGGAAUGAUCGGCUGUCUUUACUGUACACUGGGUUGUCACUGGAUGCAUUUCAGGCUUUGGCCGACGAGCUGACAGCAGGAUGCAGCAUCUCUCAGCUACACCCCAAGGAUAAGCUGUUGAUGACCCUGAUGAAGCUCCGACUGAACCUAUUGCAGGACGACCUCGCAGAGAGGUUCAGAGUGUCUCAGUCUGUGGUCAGUAGGGUAAUCUCUCAGUGGCUGGACCUCAUGGAGGAGAAGAUGAGGUGCUGUGUUCCAUGGCUGCCCAGGGAGACGAUCCAGGCAACAAUGCCACAGUGCUUCAAGGAACAUUAUCCAUCAACAACAUGCAUCAUCGACUGUUCUGAGACCCCUCUUCAGAAGGCUCACAAUCUUGACUCAAGAGGCGAGUCUUACAGUCAUUACUAUGGGCAAAAUACCAUAAAGUUCCUCAUAGCUAUUGCACCAUGUGGAUUAAUAAUGUUCAUCUCGCCAGCAUAUGGUGGGAGAUGCAGUGACAAGUUCAUCACAGCCAACUCAGGGUUUCUGGAGUAUCUGCGUCCAGGUGAUGAGGUGAUGGCUGACAGAGGAUUUGUUAUCCAAGAUCUUCUGUUUGAACGUAAAGUCAAGCUCGUCCUGCCAGCUUUCACCAGAAGAGGCCUUCCUUUGUCUGAAGAAGACACCACCAACACGAGGCGCAUAGCCAACGUCCGUGUGCACGUUGAGAGGGUUAUUCGCCGCCUGAAGAACUACAGAAUAGUCUCUCAAACAGUGCCCAUUAACCUCGCCCCGAAAUUUGAUAAAAUUCUUAGAGUCUGUGCAGGUCUAUGUAAUCUUCGUGGGGACAUUAUACAAGAAGAUGAGGAAUAG